AUGGAGAUAUUAAAAAGCCAAGACAGCUUAAAUGAGCUUCAUAUUGAUGAAUACAAAUUAAAGUCACUUGCACUGAACUGCACCGCAACAAAUCCAGAUUCAAGAAGAGAGGCUAAUUUUAUUAAAAAUUUCGUCUUAACAGAAGCAACAAUACUUGACAAAGAACAGAAGCUUGAGUUCGAUACAUUGUUCCAGAAAGGAAUUCUUGAUCAGGUUGAACAUUUAAUCAAUAAUAAUUUCCCUCUUGAACAAAUUAAAGCGAAACUCAACUUAAUAUCUCCAUUACCUCAGUUUGUUGCAAGGACGAAUGAAUUGUCUUUCAAAGCAGAACAAAAAUCCAAUUAA